UCACGUACGUCACAGCGUCUCCCAGGGCAGCGGUAGUAGCGGCCAGGGCCCAUCAUGGCGGUGGAUAGGGUUGUAUCUGCCUGCCGCUGACACCCCCGGGGGUGCUGAGUCCCGGCGGCUCCGGAAGGGGACUGUGUACGUGCGGCCGGAGCCGGGAUUCCUGUCAGGGCUUCAGUUCCCUCCUCAGCAGCUCCCAGCCCCCUGACAUGACGGAGACCGCAGGGGGCUGGUGAAGCCCCGACUAUUGGAAUGACCAAGGAGCUCCUUUAUUUCUGGACCCCCCCGGGUGUCACCGGUGCUGAACGACCAUGACUUGAGCCAAGACUCCUACUUGAAAACCUGGAUUUACAGUCUAUGCAAGAACCAAGCAAUAGGACUCCUCUAAUCCCUGUCCGCCUUUUCUAUUGAUUGACUCACGACUUGUCACUUUAUCUGCAGCACCAACUAACGUUGCAAUCUUUUUAUUUCACCAAACGUUACAAUUUCUUGCAAUUCUCGUGCUUUUAUUUUGAGGAUUAUGAACGAUUUUAUAUAUUUAACACACAAACCACAUCCUCCUACCAAAGAGUAACAAGUUAUACAAGACGAGAAGAAAAAAAAAGAAGAUACUUCCUCUUUUUGUAUUUUUACUGACUUUUCUCAGUGGACUGAAAGGACAUUUGUUAACCUGUAGGAAUACUGGAUGCUGUGAAGACCACACUAUUCUCAGUGCAAAGUGCUUUUAUUUAUUACUAACUGAAGAGUAUCGCUUCGUCCUAUGGGUCAGCAGCCUGGAAAAGUGCUUGGGGACCAAAGGAGGCCAAGUCUGCCUGCCUUACCCUUUAUUAAAGGAGUCGGGAAGAAGGAUGCCACCAGACACGGGGGUCCUCCCUGCAAUGUUUUUGUGGAACAUGAAGCCUUGCAAAGACCAAUAGUAUCUGAUUUUGAGCCUCAAGGUUUGAGUGAAGCUGCUCGGUGGAAUUCCAAGGAAAACCUCUUAUCAGGCCCAAGUGAAAAUGACCCCAAUCUCUUUGUUGCACUGUAUGACUUUGUAGCCAGCGGGGACAAUACUCUCAGCAUCACUAAAGGUGAGAAGCUCCGUGUUUUGGGAUACAAUCACAAUGGGGAAUGGUGCGAGGCCCAGACCAAAAAUGGACAGGGCUGGGUGCCCAGUAACUACAUCACACCAGUCAACAGCCCUGAGAAGCAUUCCUGGUACCAUGGACCUGUGUCUCGAAACGCUGCAGAAUAUCUGCUGAGCAGCGGGAUUAAUGGCAGCUUCCUGGUUCGGGAGAGCGAGAGUAGCCCUGGACAGAGGUCCAUAUCGCUGAGAUACGAAGGCAGGGUUUACCACUACCGUAUCAACACUGCUUCUGAUGGAAAGCUUUAUGUGUCAUCAGAUAGUCGAUUUAACACACUGGCAGAGCUGGUCCACCAUCACUCCACGGUGUCUGAUGGACUAAUUACCACACUGCACUAUCCAGCUCCAAAACGCAACAAGCCCACUAUCUAUGGUGUGUCGCCCAACUACGACAAGUGGGAGAUUGAGAGGACGGACAUCACUAUGAAGCACAAGCUGGGUGGCGGUCAAUAUGGAGAAGUUUAUGAGGGCGUGUGGAAAAAGUACAACUUGACUGUGGCGGUAAAGACUCUGAAGGAGGACACAAUGGAAGUGGAAGAGUUUUUGAAAGAAGCUUCUGUGAUGAAGGAGGUUAAACACCCCAACCUGGUGCAAUUGCUGGGGGUUUGCACACGGGAGCCCCCGUUUUACAUCAUCACGGAGUUCAUGACAUACGGUAACCUCCUGGAUUACCUGCGGGACUGCAAUCGGCAGGAGGUGACAGCUGUGGUGCUGCUCCAUAUGGCGACUCAGAUCUCAUCUGCUAUGGAGUAUUUAGAGAAGAAGAACUUCAUUCACAGGGAUCUUGCAGCCAGAAACUGCCUCGUUGGGGAAAACCACUUGGUGAAGGUAGCUGAUUUUGGUCUUAGCCGCCUGAUGACAGGCGACACGUAUACUGCCCAUGCAGGGGCUAAAUUUCCUAUUAAGUGGACUGCCCCUGAAAGCCUAGCUUAUAACAAGUUCUCCAUCAAGUCAGAUGUGUGGGCCUUUGGUGUAUUAUUAUGGGAAAUUGCGACAUAUGGCAUGUCCCCCUACCCUGGCAUUGAUCUGUCACAAGUGUAUGAACUGCUGGAGAAGGAUUAUCGCAUGGAGCGUCCAGAGGGCUGCCCUGAGAAAGUUUAUGAACUCAUGAGAGCAUGUUGGCAGUGGAACCCUCUGGACCGACCAUCCUUUGCUGAAAUUCAUCAAGCCUUCGAAACCAUGUUCCAGGAGUCCAGCAUAUCGGAUGAGGUGGAAAAAGAGCUAGGGAAAAAAGGUCUUAAAGUUACCAUCAGCAACCUUCUACCGCCCCCCGAGCUUCCAACAAAGACCAGGACAACCCGAAGAGUGCCUGAGAACAAGGAUGAUAACAUAGAUACCUCACAUGCCCGGGGAGCCGGGGAACAAGAUAUUUUGGACAUUGAGCCAGCUGUUUCUCCUCUUCUGCCUCGCAAGGAAAGAGGUGGAGCUACAGAUGGUGGAGCUACAGAAGAUGACCGUUUGUUUCCCAGUCAGAAAAGAGCCAAUCUCUUCAGCACUCUAAUUAAAAGGAAGAAGAAGACCGCUCCUACCCCACCGAAACGUAGUAGCUCCUUUCGUGACAUGGAGCAAAGGUGCUUAGAGGGAGAAAACAGAGAUGCUAGUUUUGGGGGUGACCUUGAUGCGCUUAAAUUCCCAAGUAAUGGGAUGGCAAUGACUAAUGGAUCUGUGCAAGGAAGCAGCAGUUUUAUGUCCUUACAGUGGAAAAAGUCUGGCACGGUUGUAGGGCGGCAACCACCACCAGGAGAAGAUGAUGGCAACAUCAACACAGGAAAACGAUUUCAAAGGUCCUCUUCUGCUUCAUGUAUGCCACCUGGAUCAAAAGAUAUGGAGUGGAGGUCAGUCACCCUGCCUAGGGAAAUGCCAUCAACCAGGUGUAUGUUGGAUGUGUCUAGUUCUGGGAGUAGCCAAAAAAACGAAAAACCUGCUCUUCCUCGAAAGCGAGGCAAUGAAGGCAAACCAGACUUUUCAUGUCCCCGUGGGGCUGUCACACCACCUCCUCGUUUGCCCAAAAAAGGUGAGGAGACUAUGGAUGAAGUGUUUAAAGACCCUGAACCAAGUCCAGAAUCUAGUCCACCCAGUCUAACACCAAGAUUGCCACGUAGAAAACCUGGUGGCCCUUCCUCUUCCGCUUUACAAAAAGAGGAGAUGGGAAACCUUAAAACUGGCACAGACCUAGUUUCCUUGGCCAGACAACCAACAGGUCAAGGUAGAGCUGAAACAGAUCUUCGUUUCAGGAGACUAAAGCCAACUGAAACACUCAACAAGGACAAAAUGAAACUAUUAAAGGUCAAACCUAGCUCGUCUCUACCACUUUCCAGCCCAGGUUCUUCAUUGUCUUCCAUUAGCUGUACUAAUUUGGGUAAAUCUACCAAGCUUUCCUCGCAGAACACAAGCCAUGAUUCUAGCACAAGUGAAACAAAGCACAGACUAGCAAACCAGAGCGAGGAUCACCCAAAGAUAAGCCCUGCUGUGACUGACAGUGCCAAGAAGACAGUAUUAAUAUCCAACACCAAGCCCCAACCUUCAGAGAAACGAGCUGGAUCUCAGGCAGGCAUUGGAGGAGCAGUAGAUCAAACACUGCAACCAGCAUCGUCAUCCUCAUCUUCUACUGCUUUUAUUCCCCUCCUUUCCACAAGGGUUUCAUUACGAAAAACCCGGCAACCUCCAGAGAAACUGCUGAGUGGAACAGUCACAAAGGAGACUUUAUUGGAGAGCACAGGUUGUCUCCGAGCUGCCAUCAACCGUAACUCUGAACAAAUGGCUAGCCACAGUACUGUGCUCGAGGCUGCCAAAAACCUGCAUGCUUUCUGUACCAGUUACGUGGACUCUAUUCAACAAAUGAGGAACAAGUUUGCUUUCAGAGAAGCAAUGAGCAAGCUGGAGAACAGUCUCCGAGAUCUUCAAAUCUGCCCCGCUGCUGCCUCCACUGGAGGAGGACCUGCCACACCUCAGGACUUUAGCAAGCUGCUUGCCUCUGUAAAGGAGAUCAGUGAUGUGGUCCAGAGGUAGCAUUUAAAUUCAGGGUUUUAAAUCCAAGCUGAGAAUGGAGGACAUCAGGGCAAAAUUGAUUAUGCCUUAACCCUUUCUCGUCCCUUGGGGCCAAACAAAGUUGCCAUGGUUGCUUUAAUAUUGAUGCCUGAAAGAAGUACUAUUCGUCUGAACUUUGGAUUGGGGGUGUUGAGGCCCAUCGUGCCAUUUGGCAAUACAGAUGCACACCUUUCCUCGUUUGAGCACACCCUUUUUUUGCAUCCUAUGCAAGAGACUGCAGUUCUCUCUGACACGGACCUUGGAGGUCUACAGGUUUCUUUUUUUUUGUUAAAGCCCUUAAUUUUUCACAAUACUGGAACCUGUGUGGGACCUAUAUGCAGGCAGUAUUGUAAAGCAGAACCAAUGCCAUUGUCUAACACUGCUACUUCCUCAUUGCCACUGCCUUAUCUGUUAUAGAACAACAGAAGACAAGGGGGGAUGGUUAUUUUGGCUUGCUCUGUGCGCACAUUCUGAAAAAGUGCACAGAUCCCAAAAAACAUUCCAAAAAUUUGGCCCAAAAUGUAUUAAGCACAUAAAGGAGGCCAUUGUAGCAUUCCAUGUUUCAAUUCAGUAGUAAUCUCUAGCACAGUUCUAUUUGAGUAGCUGUUUUUCAGCUCCUCUUUAAGCAAUAUUCAAAAGUGUUCGCUAAUGCAAGUGGUCCUAGCACAUGCAGCACAUGCACAUCAAAUUGGUGGCACAGAAUCAUAGCAGUGAUUGUAUGUAAAAGCCACCUCUGUGUGUUGGUGAAGACUUCUGUUGAUUAUUUUUUUGUUUUGUUUUUUUGUUUACUUUAAGUGCAAUUCCUAUUUUCUUUAUAUUUUUAAAACCAAAAAAAGUUGAAAUGGCAUGGUGGGGGCUGCCUAUAUUUAUAGUAUACUGCUAUAAUGUGAGCACAGAUUUGUCUAACUUUGUUAAAUGAAAUUUUUAGGAAAAUCUAUAGCUUGAACAUUUGAGAGUGGAUAUAACUUGGCGAUAGGAGCCAAGAGCACAAAUAGCAGAAGAUGUGACAUUUCAUUAACAGAGUGAAGAAGCUGGCCAGUUUGUGGGUUUGAUCCUUAUUCAGGUGCCUAGAAACUAAUGAUGCAAAGUGCCUUAAGACUCUGUGAUGUCACUAAUACCCAAUAAACUUGUUAGGCUCAGUAUUGACUACACUCCCAAAAUAUGUGCCUCCAGUGUUCAUUGGUGAAAAGUCCACUUGAAUGAAGCCUUUUAUGCCUCACGUUCUAGUUGCACCUGUAUAUAUUUUUUUUUUUAAAGAAGAAAAGAAAAAAAUAAUUUGGUGCCUCCCACUUAAUGUUUUACCAUUUUUUGUAUUAUAUUGUUUUAUAAUAAUGCAAUCUUUGUAUCUCUCUCCCCCCCCCCUCUUUUCCUUUUAGACGUUUACAGUAAUUUUGAAUUUUUCUGUAUAAAUUACAGCUCGCAUUUUUUAUAUUUUUUCUCCUUUACAAGGAUAUACAAUUUUAUAUAUAUAAAUAUAAAGUUAAAUGUGCACACACAGAUGCCUUCCUUAUUUCAAGCAAUAUCUGGCACUGAUACGGAAAAAGUGCCUCAAAUGCAGUGGGGUUUUGGAGUUGGCCGUCAUGUGCUUGGCUGGGGCAGCUCAAGGACAGGACAUCUUUGCCCAUCACCUACAGUACUGGAGGUUGUUUUUUGGUCUUUCUGGUCACUUAGUGUUGUUGAGUUAGGCACUGUCAAGUGAUUAUAAUUGAGGGGUUCAGUGAUGUAAUUAAAUAAGUGAUUGUCUUCCAA